AUGCAAGCGAGAGCCAUCCCAGCGGAGCUGCAAAAGCUCAUCAGCGAUCUGAUGGCGCUGCCGGCGAUGGACAAAGGGACCAUGGGCGGCAAGUGCAUCCCGCAGACUCUGGCCAUGGAGGAUUUCAUGAUGGAGGAGGUGGGGAUGAAGCCAUUGAACGGGAAGUACUUUGUGCAGGGCGUCAAGGCGUUUGAGCUGAAGACGCCCAUCAAGGACUUCCCACCGGACAAGGAGAUGGUCUUUAAAGGCUCAGGCCAAGAUGGCCGGCCGGCCUUCUUCAAGGCGUCCGUGGCCGAGAUCUUGGAGUGGCAGACGUCCUUCCGGACCUACUACGCUCCUCGGAAGCACUGUAGCUCAGACGUGCGCAAUACUGAGGCCUCAGAUGUCUACGUUGACGAAGAGGGCAAAGACCUGCUGAGUCGAUCUUUGCAGGGCCACUCUGAGGACUGA